GAGAUCCGAUAAUAUGAAAUAUUAUAAAACUGCCAGUAAUCGCCUUGAACAAUGCAGAUGGCCCGUUAGCACCAGAAUAUCAGAUUAUCAAUAGUGAUCUUCACCAUGACAUCCAACAACUUCGUCCUCACGGCAGAGGCUCACUCCCAGGCCCUACCCAACUUCCAUUUCUCAACACAAGCCGUUCACGCAGAUGAUUUUGUCAGUCCUCACCGGGCCAUCGCCCCGGCUAUGCACUCAGCUGUGAAUUACCGCUAUGCCCGCAAUCCCGAUGAUCUCGUUGAGAUGGAAAACGACGAUCCAAAUGCUCCAUUCGAUUCACACGUUUACUCUCGCUACACAGCCCCCAACUACAGCAGACUAGAAAUCGUCCUCAAGACCCUCUUCAAGAACCCCGUUGUAUCAUACUCCUGCGGCGUCGCAGCGUUUCACUCAAUGUUAAUCGCCAUCAACCCCAAGAAAAUCUUUAUCUCUGAUGGCUAUCAUGGUGUUCAUGCUGUAAUCGAGCUCAUGACUAAACUCAACGGUUUGAAGAAGCUUUCGCUUGAUGAUCUUGAUCAAGCGGGGCCUGGGGAUAUGAUCCAUAUCGAAACACCACUGAACCCUACGGGCGAAGCGAGAAAUCUUGCGUUCUUUAGUCAGAAGGCUAAAGAGGCGGGGGCGUUGCUUACCGUUGAUGCUACGCUUGCGCCGCCGCCGCUGCAGGAUCCGAUUCAGUUUGGGGCGGAUUUGGUCAUGCAUAGUGGGACGAAGUAUAUCGGUGGACACUCUGAUAUGCUCUGUGGUAUUGUCAUCGUUUCUCCGCAGCAGGUUAAAUCCGGGCUGGAGCAGACAUUGAGGGAUGAACGAAUGGUGUUAGGAAAUGUCAUGGGAAGUUUGGAAGGUUGGUUGGGCAUCCGAUCACUACGAACUCUUCACCUACGAGUGAUGCGUCAGUCCCAAACCGCCGAGGCACUCGUAUCAUGGCUCAACGCCGGUCUUUCAGACUCAUCAUCCGUCAUCGGGCGUAUAGUCCACAAGAUCGCACAUUCAUCCAUCCAACAAAACGCAGAGUGGCUGAAGGGACAAAUGCCGGGUGGUCACAGCCCCGUGUUCAGUCUAUGGCUGAAGAACCCAGAGCAUGCGAAGCGGUUACCAAGUAAGCUGUUUAUCUUUCAGCAUGCAACGAGUUUAGGUGGUGUUGAGAGUUUGUGCGAGUGGCGUGCUAUGUCGAGCCGUGGGGAGGAUCAGAGGAUGUUGAGGAUUAGUACUGGCGUGGAGGACUUGGAGGAUCUGAAGGGGGAUUUGAUGCAGGCUUUUGAGGCUUUGUUGUCAGAGUUCCCAUGAGUUAUGAGAUGUGAUGCUGCUAAUGAAAGGAGAUGAUGAACAGUCAUGAAGCUGUGAGGAUAUAUAUCGUCUUCCUGAUUUCAGUCGAGAAGAUACGAAACGUAGGCCACCAAUUCCAGGAUAUUGAACUUUCUUUCUUUCCCUGGUAAGGAGAGAGCAGCAGACUUGAUAUCAGUGUGCCAAAUACAGCAGGUAAAGGCGUUUUAAACUUAUACUCAACUUACUCAAGCCUUAUUGUCGCUUAGGAUCGAAGCCUGAGUUUCUUUGCUCC